AUGCAGAAAGUACCGGAUGAAGUUAAGUGCUAUAAAUCCAUAAACACCGUCACUAACAUCGAGGACACAGUGCACUACCCCCAGGAAUUUUUAAAUUCUCUUAACCCCGCUGGGCUACCACCUCAUGAACUGUCGUUAAAAGUUGGCACGCCGAUAAUGCUUUUCAGAAAUUUAAGCCCCCCCAACAUGAGUAAUGGCACGAGACUUCUUAUAAAGGAGCUAAAAGAUAAUUUAAUAGUAGCGAAGAUUAUUAUCACCGGCCCUGCAGCUGGUGAAUUAGCUCAUAUAACAAGAAUACCCAUGAUUCCUACUGAUUUGCCUAUACCCUUCAAAAGGCUUGAAUUUCCAGCAAUUAGCCGGGUGGAUGUGAUCUGGUUGCUUGGCAACUUGAAGAUAUGUGCUGAAUGA